AUGGAAGAAAUUAAAAAACAACCUCGAAAACGAGGUUAUAUAGAUAUGUUGGCUUCAGGAAUGGCGGGGGCAUUGGCCGGGUCAGUUUCAAAAACAACUAUAGCACCAUUAGAUAGAACAAAAAUUAAUUUUCAAGUUUCAAAAAAAAAAAAAUAUUCUUUAAAAGGUGCAAUACGUUUUGUUGCAAAUACUUUUAAAAAUGAAGGAUUCACUGCCCUUUUUAGAGGAAAUUCAGCAACAAUGGUACGUGUUAUACCAUAUGCUACAAUACAAUUUGCUGCUCACGAAGAAUAUAAAGUUUUAUUUGGUGUUGAUAGAAAUGGUGAAAAGACUCCUAUAAAAAGAUAUUUUGCUGGGUCAUGUGCUGCAUCUACAGCAACGUGUCUCACAUUUCCUCUAGAUGUUUUGAAAGCUCGUCUUGCCACAACAACAAAACAAGAAUAUCGAAGUUUAAGAUAUUUAAUUAUAAAAAAUUACCAUGAUUAUGGGUGGACAACAUUUUAUAGAGGUAUUACACCAACACUAAUGGGUGUUAUUCCAUAUGCAGGAUCAAGUUUUUUUACAUAUGAGACAUUAACUAUGAUGUACAAGGAAGAAACUGGUUGUGAUGUUACACCUUUUCUUCAUAUGAUAUUUGGAGCAACUGGUGGUUUGAUUGGGCAAAUUUCAUCGUAUCCUCUUGAUAUUGUUCGUAGAAGAAUGCAAACUGGUGUUAUACAAAGGGGGACUAGUGUUAUUGGAGCAUUAAUUGAUAUAUAUCGUAAUGAAGGUGUCAUUGGUGGAUUAUAUAAAGGUCUCAGUAUGAAUUGGAUAAAAGGGCCUAUAUCUGUAGGAAUAUCAUUCACUACAUAUGGUAUUGCCCACACCUAUUUCAGGAAGAUGUUCAAUCUUCCAUCUUAG